GGGAGAGUGGGGGUGUAGCCCGUGAGGCUGUGGUAAUAUCAGAGAGCGAGAGAGAGAGCGAGAGAGACGCGGGUGGACAAUGUGAUGCUGCGCGAUAUCUACUGGCUAAAUGAGGGUUGUCUUUCCCAGUUUAGGUAGCAGGGCUUCUUCCACCCUUUCCAGUAAGGAUCCGUAAUUUACACGACAACAGCAGGGCGCCUAUCGGAUCUCCACUGGACCCUGCGCUGCUGGAUCUCCCACAGUGCUGCUGCUGCUCCAUCACCAAGCGCUCAACGCCGAGGGAGGACGAGAUCUGGCUUCCGUGCCAUGUGCAGAACGACAUGUAUGUGUGAAUUCACGCGGUGACAGCGGAGGGGGGAAUGGAGCAGUUGUCAUCAAAUUCCUGCAGACGCACCGACGGUGAUACUGUGGAAGCUGUCGAGUAGUGAAAAGACCUUCAUACGCAGCAGCCAAUCCUAGAGAUUUUUUUUUUCAGGGGGGUACCAUAAAAAAAAAAAAAAAAAAAAGGAAAUUAAAAAAAGGAUCAGCGGUCAAGUGUCGCCUUUCAUUUCAACCACAACAAUGGGGGAGCAGCCCAUCUACAGCACGCGGGCCCACGUCUUCCAGAUCGAUCCCAAUACCAAGAAGAACUGGCUGCCCACCAGCAAGCAUGCCGUCACGGUCUCCUACUUCUACGACAGCACACGCAACGUCUACCGCAUCAUCAGCCUGGACGGCACCAAGGCAAUAAUCAACAGCACCAUCAGUCCCAACAUGACGUUCACAAAGACCUCACAGAAAUUUGGCCAGUGGGCGGACAGUCGAGCUAACACCGUCUACGGACUGGGAUUCUCCACUGAGCAUCAUCUAUCCAAGUUUGCAGAAAAGUUUGCCGAGUAUAAAGAAGCAGCACGGCUCGCUAAGGAGAAGAGUCAAGAAAAGAUGGAGAUGGCUACGUCUCCUUCUCAGGAGUCUCCGGCAGGUGAGCUCUCAUCACCUUUGACCCCGGUGACCCCGCCCAUGGAAAACAUCAACGGCACAGAUGAAAUCUGUGACACGACUCCCAACUCGGACGCACGUCCCGAGCCGGCGCAGAACGCUCUGGCCUUUGCACACAGCCCGGCCAUGACAAAACACUGGGAAGCUGAGCUGGAGGCACUAAAGGGGAACAAUGCCAAGCUAACGGCAGCUCUGCUGGAGUCCACUGCCAACGUCAAACAGUGGAAACAGCAACUGGCAGCCUACCAGGAAGAGGCAGAGAGACUACACAAACGGGUGACUGAACUUGAGUGCCAGAGCAACCAAACCCCGGUGAUCAAAUCCCAGAAGACGGAGCUCAACCAAACCAUAGAAGAACUAGAGUCUGCAUUAAGGGAUAAAGAAGAGGAAAUGGAAAAAUUGAAAGAAGAACUGGAAAACAUGAAUGACCUGAUGGAGCAAAAAGACACACUCACCCAGAAGCUUGAGGAGACGGAGCUGCGCGGCCGCGUGCUCGAGGAGCAGCUGGCAGGUGCCGAGCAGCGGCUGGAAGAGAACCAGGAGGAGCAGGAGAACUUUAGGAAGAGCCUGCGGACACUGCUGGAGCUGCUGGACGGCAAGAUCUUUGAGCUCACGGAGCUCAGAGACACCUUGGCUCGGCUCAUAGAGGAGGCCAGCUAGAAGACAAAGAUACCUAAUCUUCACAGACAGAGCCAUAUGACAACUUAACCUUGAUAUCCCUAGACUCACCAACAACAGUUCUGCCCACUAUGCCCCCUUCCUCAUACACUUCACACGCAUUCAAAUGAGACACUGCACUGCCCACAUUCAUAUUUCAGUCAAAAAGGGCAGCUGUUUCCCUGUUUUUACCUUGCAGGCAUCCAGUUCCUACCAACCGCUGGCACUCCUGUAGUUCACAACGACACAGGGUCUACCUCAGCUUGCCUUCUGAUGGGCUGGUGUAGGCAUAACCUCGGCUGAACCGGUUGCUCCUGCCCCCCACCCCACCGACACACACACACACACACACACACACACACACACACACACACACACACACACACACACACACACACACACACACACACACACACACUUUCACAAAGAGUUAACUUGAGAACUGUGCCUCAGUGCCAUCUACUGUUUGACUGGUAGAGCUGCACACACAGCUUGCAGCAUCACGUCACACACGCCCCCUCUUUUCUUCCUCUCGAAACUACCCCCUGAAGGGGAAUGUUGAAAGUCAUGUGGAAAUAAUUGCUGUUAAGACUCAGAGAACUGCGCCAAAGCUGCCAAAUCCCCUCGAAAAUAUUGUCCUCUAACUAGCAGAUGCUUUGAUCCAAAGUGACUUACUGUACAGAGAAGAACUGAACAGAGAAGCCCAUGUUUGAGCUCGGGCUGCCAGAAGAGAAUUAAAAGAUGACUCUCAACACAACAAAUCAGUCCGUCUUACCUAUUUGCCUGGAGUGACAUCACUGCUGCCCCCUCCCCCAGCCUGGGAAAUAUUGUUUGGUUUACUUCUAUAUAUCCACAGCCAGUUUAAAUUCCUAUAUGAUAAACCAAUAUUAAAUCUUCCAGAGGCAUUGUUCAUGCCACACAGAAAUUUUCGAGGGCGUCCCCCCACAUUAUAUUCGACAUGAAGAAUUCCUGCAUCCGGACUGCUUCCACCAUCACAGACCUGUCUUCCUGCCAAACUCAGUGUGGCGUGUGUUUCUGAACAAGGCCUGACAUAAUGUGUGCCUUCAAAGCACACAUAAGUGGAGACGUGUUUGUAUAUAAUAUGUGUGUGCAUUUUGUGCUGUGAGAGAAAGAUUGUGGACAAUAAGGCCGACACUUAUAUACACACACACACACACACGCACACACUCACACACUGAGCAAUACCAGACAGGCUCUUUUCAACACCUUCUAUCCAACUCUAUCAGGUACUCUACUCAGUGGACUCAUGCAGAUAUAGGUCAAAUGCAACUAAGCUGGUCUCCCCUGUUCAACAGAAAGUGUACUACUUUUGACCGUAAAACUGUGCGGCAGCCCUGUCUGGUCGAAGUAGUGCAUCGUGAAGGGCUUCUAGAGUGUCAUCUUCGUAUUCUUAAAUCUCCACCCUCAGUGAAACUGGCCACAGGUUUUCACUCCUCACUGGUGAAUACAGAACUGUACUCAGUUUCUAUUCUUUUUUUUACACAGAAUAUAAUACCGAUGAUAUAAUUAUAGAAAUGUAUAAGACAACUUUCUACUCAUGACUGCAUUGUAAAUGAAUGGCUGGACAACUCAAAUGCAGUAACACCCUGGGGUGACUUAUUGUUGUGUAUUAACCCACGAGUAUUCAGUCUGAAGGUGGACAACAAAAUCCUCUUCUGUGCAUUUUAAGUGUGUAAAAACACUGUUUUACACAUUCUGUACCCAAAUAUACACUUAAUGUAUACAGCAGCAGUUAUGAAGGGAAAACCUAAAGCUGAAUCUUAAAUUCUCUUCCUCAAAAUUGGCUCAAUUUCUCAAGAGCAAUUUCCUCACAAGAUCCUUCUUCUCCUUAUUUGAAUUGAGCAUCUUGUUUGCACUUUAUUUCACCGUUAUAACUCCCUAAUAUAUUAGAUUUGUAUUAAGUAAUAGCACAGCAGCUUCCUGCAAGUUAAUACACUGGAAUAAGUCUCUUGUAAAGGGAAAUGUUACAAUUUUUUCUUUCUGGUUUAACUUUGACAGUUGAGUGACAAAGACGGAGUACCUUAAUACUAAUGCUAUUGUUAAUGAAUGCCUUUGUACAGUAGUGGAUAAGAAGCUUUUCAUUCUCCUGUUUUGUAACUUAUGGUAUUUAAAUGUAGGUAUUAUUAUUGUAUUUAGAGGUAUGAGAAGACUGGCAAUAUUUUUGACUAUUUAAAGUAAUUUUGAACUCAUGAUAUUAAAGAGGUACCUCAGGCCAAUGACGUUCGUAGACUGGUGAGACUUGUGAGUUCACAGGAGAAAGGAUUUAUCAAAUGCUGGUGACAAAUGAUCAGGAGACAUACCUGUUGGUGCUUCACCCAAACUACUACACCCUCUGUUGAAGUCAAAGAAACACACCUCUGUGAACAAACAAAUGCUAUGUUUUAUAUUCAAA